AUGGCGCGGGCGGCGCUGGCGCUGGCGCGGGCGGCGGAGCGAGCGGCGGGGCCGGGCCCGGGCCCGGGGCCGGUCUGCGCCCGCCUGGUGCUGCUGCCGCCCGCCGGGGAGCCGGGCCGGGCCGCCCCGGAGCGGGGCCGCCCCGCGGAGUGGAGGGAGGCGGUGGCGGCCGCGGCCGGCGCGCUGCGGGCGGGCGGGCUGGUGGCCGUGCCCACGGACACGGUGUACGGCGUGGCCUGCCUGGCCCAGGACUCGGCCGCCGUGCGCAGCAUCUACAGCCUGAAGGGGCGGAACGGCAGCAAGCCGCUCGCCAUCUGCCUCGGCGACGUGGAGCGGCUCUACCGGUACUGCCGCGUGAAUGUUCCUGACGAGCUGCUGCGGGACUUGCUCCCGGGACCCGUGACGCUGGUCUUAGAGCGUUCGGAGGAGCUGAAUAAAGACUUGAAUCCAUUCACAUCGCUGGUUGGUGUUCGCAUUCCAGACCACCCCUUCAUGAGAGACCUGGCACGAGCCUGCCCGGGACCGCUGGCUCUGACGAGCGCCAACAUCAGCUCGCAGGGCAGCACCCUGACCGUGUUGGAAUUCCAGGACUUGUGGCCUCAGCUGUCCUUGGUCGUUGAUGGAGGACCCAUAGGAGACAUCCAGAGCCCAGAGUGUCGCUUGGGGUCAACUGUGGUUGACUUAUCUGUGUCAGGAAAAUUCUCCAUCAUCCGGCCUGGCUGUGCACUAACGCCCACAGUUGAAAUCCUGAAGAAGAAGUAUGGCUUGGUACCAGAAUCUUCCUAACCCUUGGGACUGGAAGCUGGUGGAGCUGGGCACUGUGUGCCUGUGCACUCAGGAGUGGGUGAUCAAGGCCUUGUUGAAUAAGGUCAAUGGGUUAUGUCAAGGUAAAUAAAAAAAUAUUUAAAAAGAAAGGCUAGAAACCCCUUUUUGAGCUCUUUGUGCUGCUGUACUGUUCCCAAAUGUUGUGUUAUCCUGGUCAGGCUUUGAAUACAGUGAUAAUGAAAGCUGAACUGUCAGGAUGGUGUGGGGAAGGGCCUGUGUGCCCCCCCACUUCUGAGUGCUCAUCCUGUGCCAUCUGCACUGCAAGGAAAGCACACAUGGAGUAGAGGGAUUUGGAGCUUUGAGGUUUACAGCUGUGCUGUUCUUUUCUCUGUUCUAAAUGUAAUCAAAACCUACUGAGAUGAAACUGUCAGUGCUUCUGAAAAUUCAGUGUUCAGUACCCCAGGCUAGAACUGCUCAGAACAGCCUGCUUCCUCCUAAUGCAGAGAAUGAAAUAAGCUCUUGGUGUGAUGAUCUUCCUUCAUUUAAAUGUAGAAUUCUCUCUUGGUUUAUCUCUGAAAUGAUGCUAAGCUGAAGUAAAUGGGGCAUGGAUGAAAGUC